AUGGAGUGUUCAUAUGAAUACGAGAGGAUGAAGAAAUGCCCCCAUGAUUAUACACUGGAUGAGCUGAAUUUUCCGGCGAAGGAAAAAGUCAAUAAUUUGAGAAGUUCCAGCCAGUUGGUUUCAUUUGGGGAUUAUUCAGGUGAAAUUGAGAAUUAUAAGUUUGAUAAUUAUGGGAAUUUAAUUGGAUCUGGAGAAAAAGGGCAUGAAAUUAAGAAGGAUUAUUGUUCAACAAUAAUAAUGGGUCAGCUGCCAAAUCGUAAUCGUAAUCAUAAUAAUUCAGAACAUGUUAUAGCUGAGAGAAGAAGAAGAGAAAAGAUAAGACAAAACUUUAUUGCUCUUUCAGCUCUCAUACCCGGCCUCAUUAAGAGGGACAAAGCUUCGGUGCUUGGUGGAGCUAUCGAGUAUGUGAAAGAGCUUCAAGAACGUCUCAAAUGGGCUGAGGAAGAAGCAGAGAAGCAGAAGAGUGUAAUUAAAUCAUUCGUGUUUGGGAAAAGAAUCAAUCUCGACUCCGACGACUCUGAAAACGAAACCUUUUCAUUGGACGAGAACGGUGACAGAUCUUCGGUCCGAUCAGUUCCUACAAUAGAAAUAAGAGUUUUGGAGAAGGAUGUUAUGGUAAGAAUUCAUUGCAAGAAACGGCAGGGAUGUUAUACAAGCAUAUUAAGUCAAAUAGAGAAGCUUAAGCUUACGAUUCUGAAUAGCUGCGUUUCUCCAUUUGGUGAAUCGAGACUCGACAUAACCAUUGUUGCCGAGAUGGAGGCUGGUUUUUGCAUGACACCGAUGGAUGUUGGGAAGAAUCUAAGAGAGACUUUGGUCGAGUUCAUAUAG